AUGGAAAGGCCCGGGGCCCGGUCUGCAGGCCUGGAGGAUAGGCUGCGCGGUCUCAUACUCUCCAACAAUGGAAACGACAAUAGUUUCUUGUCCUCUUCCUCACCGGCAAAGACCUCCAUCGACAUCCCAAGCGGGAUAGCAAGGGACUCACUGCUGGAUUCCGACAUUCAACCUUUGCCCGGUCCGGCCGAGGCCACGGCUGCCAAGCAGCCCAAAAAUGGACGGAAACGUCUAAACCAAGCCCAAAGGCGGGAACUUUCUGCUCAACUUUCCAUCCCCAUCGAUCCACGUCCUUUGGCAUCCAGUACUCAAUGGGGAUCACCAACGGGUUCCGGUGCCCAUCGGUACAAUGCCCACCCACACCAAUACUCGCACAGAUCUCAUUCGGCCACACUAAACCAGUUCGAUUCCAACUUUCAUGGAUCCCCACCUGGCCAUCGAUACAUGAAUCACCGCCAGAACCUACCGAGCAAUGGUCCUCCUGGGUUUGAGGACCAGUGGCGACCUCAGCAUGGCGGGAAUCCGGAUGCAAUGCUAAGGAACCGACACCAGCAGUAUCCGAGGCCUCAAUUCGAGGCAAGUUCGGGCCAUAGAGGUUCGUACACUGGAGGUCACGGAAGGCAUCCCCCCUUGACACAAGAGACUUUAGACAACCAAGCGGCGCUCUUGAACGGGCUGUGCGAGACUAUUAUCAAGGAUGCCGAGAUCUCCUUUGAAGAAAUCGCGAGAAACGAAGCGUUUCGCCUCAGGAUUGAGUACAUCUGUCGCAAAGCCAUCACGCAGCACGAGCUGCAGUAUGACCCAGGCUUCAUCCCCGAGACGGUGCAGCUAAGGUGCUUUGGCAGCCUUUCCUCUGGCUUUGCUACCAAGGCCUCUGACAUGGAUCUGGGUCUUCUAUCGCCGCUCUCUUGUCCUCCGCCUGAUGACUGCAACUCGCCCAUACCGCGAAUUUUGGAAAAGGCAUUUCUUGAAGCUGGUCUGGGAGCCAGAUUACUCACACGCACAAGGGUGCCCAUAAUAAAGCUAUGUGAGAAGCCUUCAGAGCAGCUUUACAAGGCUCUUUGCCAGGCCAGAGUAAAAUGGGAAAGAGGAGAACCAGAAGACCAGGGUGCUAGCGGCGACGAAGCGGCCGAAGAUGAAGACGAAGACGCGAGUCCUGUUGUAAUCGAGCCGAAUGAGAGUGCCACUGUGUCAUCACCUGCACCUGAUGUUUCUCUGAGCAACCCAGAGUUGGCAUUGAUUCCGGGAUCUGGGCUAUAUGAGGACGAACUUGGCAAGUUGAGACAGAUUGGCACCACAAGCCUCGGCAAUUACUUCAACUCGGCAAAGAAACUCCUCAGAAAGUUUGGCAAACGUGACAUCAACAGUACCAACGCUAGCGAGCUCUCGGAGGAUGAUCUCCAAGUGGUAACAGACGUUGCAUACGCAUUUGUGCAUGGUUUGGCCGACGAGGAGCUCAAAGCCCGUCUCAAAAGCAGAUAUUCUGUUUUCGCCGGGACCGAGUCACGGCACACUCACUACCGCGGCCUGUCGGGAAUGAUGGCCCAGAUAGAGGGCGAGCUUCUGGCGAUGACGUGGGAUAAACGCUCGCUCCAGGAGAAAGAUGCGCGCUCAGAGAGUGAAGCCAGCAACAAGAUCAAGUAUUGGGGAGCACUACAGGAUCAGAGGUCGUUUGGAACUGAUCCACUGGGCUUUAGUAAGGAACUCAAGCUUAUGCGGAGCAUGCUCCAAAGUAUCCCUUCAAUUCAGAUCCAGACCUUGAAGCAGUUGCAGAGCGAGUCCGCCAUUGAAUACCAUCAGCGAACGGUCAAGCUUUGCAUGGAGCUUGGGAUUUACGACGCAACAAGCCACGAUAACCCUCGUCUACCGAUCGCCAUUCGCCAGUAUGCACUGGGCAUCUGGGAUCACAAGAUCCGCGACCAGGUGCUUACUUGUAUAGAAGGCAUGGGGGCCAGCAGCUUGAAGGCUGUUGCAAGGCUACACAAGAGCCUCCAAUUGGCAGCCGACUUUGAGAAGGCUCUUUCCAAGGGCUUCUACCCAGAUGACAUCGAACUUGUAAAAACUUACAUUGGUAUUCUUCGAAGACCAUUGCAGCGCUCAAACCCUCCGCAUCAUUACUACGACUUUGUGGUGCCCCUGACCCCUGAAGAUAUGGCCACUGUCCAGGCCGUCAAAAACCUAUCCGACCCCUCUGUCGCCGUUCGCAAGGCUCCGCGAGAUCCUUUCGGCAACGGACUAGAGUUCCCAAAGUCUGGCGUUGGUGUCCAGUGCGACAUCAACUUCUCGGCGCACCUCGCCCUGCAGAAUACGCUGCUUCUUCGAUGCUACUCUUAUGUAGACCCGCGAGUGCGUCCCAUGGUACUCUUUGUCAAGCAUUGGGCAAAAGCCCGUGGCAUCAACACGCCGUAUAGGGGAACUUUGAGCAGCUAUGGCUACGUUCUCAUGGUGCUACACUAUCUGGUGAAUGUCGCACAGCCUUUUGUCUGCCCCAAUCUCCAGCAACUGGCAAGGCCGCCGAACCCGCACAUGACCCCGGCAGAGAUGGAGGCAACGCAAUUUUGCAAGGGCAAAGAUGUGCGGUUUUGGAGAGAUGAAGAGGAGAUAAAGGGCUUAGCAAGUCAAAAUCUACUCACGCAAAAUCGGGACUCGGUUGGGCACUUGCUGCGCGGCUUCUUCGAAUACUACGCGCACCCAGGUGCCUUGAGUACAGGGCAAGGUCACGGAUUUGAAUGGGGGCGUGAGGUCCUGAGCCUACGAACACCGGGCGGACUCUUGACAAAGCAAGAGAAGGGUUGGACUGGCGCCAAGACUGUCAUUGUGCGACAGCCAAGUACGCCUGCCGGUGCUCCUGCGACACUUUUUGAGCCUUCAGGGCAGUUGGCCACUUCACCCCGCUCUACCGUUGGGCCUCGACAGGCUGCCAGCACGGAAACGAAGGAGGUUCGCAACCGAUACCUCUUUGCAAUCGAGGACCCGUUUGAGAUUGAUCACAACGUUGCGCGAACGGUGACGCACAACGGAAUUGUCGGCAUCCGCGACGAGUUUAGACGGGCGUGGCGCAUCAUCCGGGGCGUCAGCAAGGCAACCUCUCCCAGCGAGAACCUCUUACAAUAUAUCGAGUCGGAUCGCGACAACGAGGUCACUGGCAACUUGAGCGAACUUGUGGAUGAGAUUCACGGUGUUGGGCGCAAGGGUUUUUCCUGA